UGAGGAGAGCCGGGGGCGGCUGGCGGGGCCGCAGCUGAAGCGCGGCUGCCGCCGCCAUGUCGCUGCUGUGCGUGCGAGUAAAAAAAGCUAAACUCCAAGGACCACCAGAUAAAUUCAAUACAUAUGUGACCUUGAAGGUUCAAAAUGUGAAGAGCACGACAGUAGCUGUGCGAGGUGACCAACCCUGCUGGGAACAGGACUUUAUGUUUGAGAUCAGUCGGCUGGACCUGGGCCUAAUUGUUGAAGUAUGGAACAAAGGACUGAUCUGGGACACCCUGGUUGGGACCGUGUGGAUUGCUCUGAAGGCCAUUCACCAAUCUGAUGAGGAAGGUCCUGGGGAGUGGUCUACGCUGGAAGCAGAAGUUGUAAUGAAACACGAUGAAAUCUGUGGAACCAAAAACCCGACCCCUCAUAAAAUUUUACUGGACACAAGAUUCGAAUUACCUUUUGAUAUCCCUGAAGAAGAGGCCAGAUACUGGACAAGAAAAUUGGAACAAAUAAAUUCACCGGGAAAUGAUGAGUAUUCCUUUCAGGAGGAAGUCCAGAAGAAACCAUUGCCCAGUGCUGCCUCCCAGUGUUCUUUUGAAGAUGCUGACAGUGCUGUGGAUGACCGAGACAGUGACUAUCGCAGUGAGACCAGUAACAGCAUCCCUCCUCCCUACCACACCACCGCGCAGCCCAACGCCUCUGUGCACCAGUUCACUGUGCCAUCUCGCCUGCAGCAGCAAGGGGUCUUGAGGGAAUCCUGUGCUGACUCCCUGCGAAAUUAUGAUCUGGAUUAUCGAGAGCAUGUGGCCAUCAGUCCUGCUGGCAGUAGUAGAUAUGGCUCCUCUUGUAAUGUCAGCCAGGGAAGCUCUCACCUGAGUGAGCUGGACCAUUCCCAUGAAAGUGCCCAUGGCUCUGAGCAAGAAGAUGAUCACCAGGAAAGACAGUCAAAUCAUUCCUACCACAGUUCGGGCAGCUACCAGAAGGAUGGUCAGGGGCUCAGGGAGCAAGAGGAGCCUCGUGGCAAAGGAGAGGAGGAAAAGGUCUGUGAGACAGAGGAGAAACAUGCAAACCAUUCUGCAGCUAAGUUACCUCUGGAACUUGAGAAGCCCAAGGAUAUUGGUGCAAGACCUCAAGUGAGCUACAAUGGUGACAUUGAGCCACCACCAUUUCCUCCAGCAAGAGCCCAUUGGAUUAGAGCCAUUAACAAAGUUCGUCUGCAGCUUCAGGAGGGUCAAGAUGAGGCUGAUCCAUCAAAACCACCCUGGCUCAAAGGAGGGCCUGCAGGUGGUCUCUAUGGCAUUGAUAGCAUGCCUGAUUUACGCAAAAAAAAGCCAAUUCCGCUUGUCAGUGAUCUGUCACUGGUUCAGUCCCGGAAAGCCGGAAUUACCUCAGCAAUGGCCACUAGAACAUCUCUCAAAGAUGAAGAGCUGAAAUCUCAUGUCUACAAGAAGACCUUGCAAGCCUUAAUUUACCCCAUCUCUUGUACAACCCCUCACAACUUCGAAGUGUGGACAGCCACAACUCCUACCUACUGCUACGAAUGUGAGGGGCUGCUGUGGGGAAUUGCACGGCAGGGGAUGCGCUGCGGUGAAUGUGGAGUCAAGUGCCAUGAGAAGUGCCAAGACUUGCUCAAUGCAGACUGCUUGCAGAGAGCAGCAGAGAAGAGCUCAAAGCAUGGAGCUGAAGACCGAACCCAGAAUUUCAUCAUGGCCAUGAAAGACCGCAUGAAAAUCCGGGAGCGGAACAAGCCAGAGAUCUUUGACCUGAUAAGAGAUGUGUUCUGUGAGAGCAAAAUGACACAUGCUCAGCAGAUGAAGACAGUGAAGCAGAGUGUGCUUGAUGGCACCUCAAAAUGGUCAGCAAAGAUCACCAUCACAGUGGUGUGUGCUCAGGGUCUGCAGGCCAAAGACAAGACUGGGUCCAGCGAUCCAUACGUAACCGUUCAAGUGGGUAAAACGAAGAAGAGGACAAAAACGAUUUUUGGGAAUCUGAACCCUGUUUGGGAAGAGAAGUUUUACUUUGAGUGCCAUAACUCUUCUGACCGGAUCAAGGUGCGAGUGUGGGAUGAAGACGAUGACAUCAAGUCUCGCGUCAAGCAGAGACUGAAACGCGAGUCGGAUGAUUUCCUGGGGCAGACAAUCAUUGAAGUCCGUACUCUGAGUGGAGAAAUGGACGUGUGGUACAACCUUGAGAAGAGAACAGACAAGUCUGCAGUGUCUGGGGCUAUUCGCCUGCAAAUCAGCGUGGAGAUCAAAGGCGAGGAGAAGGUGGCUCCAUAUCAUGUUCAGUACACUUGCCUUCAUGAGAACCUCUUUCACCAUCUCACAGAUGUGCAAGGGAAUGGGGUGGUGAAGAUCCCUGAUGCCAAAGGAGAUGAUGCCUGGAAGGUGUAUUUUGAUGAGACAGCCCAAGAAAUUGUGGAUGAAUUUGCAAUGCGUUACGGCAUUGAGUCAAUAUACCAGGCCAUGACGCAUUUUGCAUGUCUCUCCUCUAAAUACAUGUGCCCAGGCGUGCCAGCUGUGAUGAGCACCUUACUUGCCAAUAUCAAUGCUUAUUAUGCACACACCACUGCCUCCACAAAUGUGUCUGCUUCGGACCGCUUUGCAGCCUCCAAUUUUGGGAAAGAACGAUUUGUGAAGCUUCUGGACCAACUUCAUAAUUCACUUCGGAUUGAUCUCUCGAUGUACAGGAACAACUUCCCAGCCAGCAGCCGUGAACGACUGCAGGACCUGAAGUCUACAGUGGAUUUGCUGACUAGCAUCACUUUUUUCAGGAUGAAGGUCCAAGAGCUGCAGAGCCCACCCCGAGCCAGCCAGGUAGUGAAGGACUGUGUGAAAGCUUGCCUGAACUCCACCUAUGAGUACAUUUUCAACAACUGUCACGAGCUGUAUAGUCGCGAGUACCAGACGGAUCCUAACAAAAGUCAGGACCUGCCUCCUGAGGAGCAGGGCCCGAGCAUCAGGAACCUGGAUUUCUGGCCCAAACUCAUUACUUUAAUAGUUUCCAUCAUAGAAGAGGACAAGAAUUCCUAUACCCCAGUCCUGAAUCAGUUUCCUCAGGAGCUUGCUGUUGGGAAGAUCAGCGCAGAGGUGAUGUGGAGUCUGUUUGCCCAGGAUAUGAAAUACGCCAUGGAAGAGCAUGAGAAACACAGACUGUGUAAAAGUGCAGACUAUAUGAAUUUACACUUCAAAGUGAAGUGGCUGUACAAUGAAUAUGUUCGUGAUCUACCUGCCUUCAAGGGAAGAGUGCCUGAGUAUCCAGCGUGGUUUGAGCAGUUCGUGAUGCAGUGGCUGGAUGAAAAUGAAGAUGUUUCCUUAGACUUCCUGCAUGGUGCUCUGGAGAGAGAUAAAAAAGAUGGGUUCCAGCAAACAUCCGAGCAUGCUCUGUUCUCUUGCUCAGUGGUGGAUGUUUUCACCCAGCUCAAUCAGAGCUUUGAGAUCAUCAAGAAGCUGGAGUGCCCAGACCCUGUCAUUGUUGCUCAUUAUAAUAGGAGGUUUGCUAAGACUAUUGGGAAAGUGCUGAUGCAGUAUGCUGACAUCCUCUCCAAGAGCUUUGAGUCCUACUGUUCCAAGGAGAAACUGCCCUGCAUCCUGAUGAAUAACAUUCAACAGCUGAGGGUGCAGCUAGAGAAGAUGUUUGAAGCCAUGGGUGGUAAAGAGUUGGAUGCAGAAGCAAGUGACCACCUCAAAGAGCUCCAGGUGAAGCUAAACAAUGUUUUGGAUGAGCUGAGCACUGUGUUUGGUAACAGCUUUCAGACUCGUAUUGAUGAAUGUGUCAAGCAAAUGUCUGAUAUCCUCUAUCAAGUGAAAGGGACAGGAAAUGUCGCUGCUAAUGCCAGAAACACAGUUGCACAAGAUGCAGAUAAUGUCCUGAGGCCACUGAUGGAUUUCCUAGAUGGAAACCUGACACUGUUUGCGACUGUGUGUGAAAAGACAGUAUUGAAACGGGUGCUGAAAGAGCUCUGGAGGGUGGUAAUGAACACCAUGGAGAAGCUGAUUGUGCUGCCUCCUCUUACAGACCAUACGGGCGCACAGUUGAUUUUCAGUGCUGCAAAGGAACUGGGACACUUGUCAAAGUUGAAGGAUCAUAUGGUGAGAGAAGAAACUAGGAAUCUCACUCCAAAGCAGUGUGCUGUUUUGGAUCUGGCACUGGAUACUAUCAAACAAUAUUUCCAUGCUGGUGGGAAUGGCCUGAAGAAAACCUUCUUGGAGAAGAGUCCAGACCUGCAGUCACUUCGAUAUGCUCUCUCUCUGUACACUCAGACCACAGACACUCUUAUAAAAACCUUUGUCCAGACUCAGACAGCUCAGGUGCAUGAUGGGAAAGGUAUUAGGUUUACGGCUAAUGAGGAUGUUCUUCCUGAUAAGGGCUCUGGUGUGGAUGAUCCCGUGGGUGAAGUGUCCAUACAGAUCGACCUCUAUACCCACCCAGGGACUGGUGAACACAAGGUCACAGUGAAAGUUGUGGCAGCCAAUGAUCUGAAGUGGCAAACAUCCGGCAUGUUCCGUCCGUUCGUGGAGAUCACCAUGAUUGGGCCCCAUCAGAGUGACAAGAAGAGGAAGUUCACAACCAAGUCAAAGAGCAACAACUGGGCUCCCAAAUACAAUGAAACCUUUCACUUCAUUCUGGGGAAUGAAGAUGGCCCUGAUGCCUACGAGCUCCAAGUCUGUGUGAAGGAUUACUGCUUUGCUCGGGAGGACCGGGUGCUGGGGAUAGCAGUAAUGCAGCUCAGAGACAUAGCAGACAAAGGCAGCUGUGCUUGCUGGUGCCCCCUGGGGCGCAGGAUUCACAUGGAUGAGACUGGACUUACAGUCCUGAGGAUUCUCUCUCAAAGAACCAAUGAUGAAGUUGCCAGAGAAUUUGUGAAACUGAAAUCGGAGUCCCGCUCCGCAGAGGAGGGUACCUGAGCUAAGCUGAGCUGUGUAAUGUUUCCUUUUCUCUUCUGCCUUGUGCCAAUAUGUGCAAGUGUUCAACAAUUCUCUUUUAUUAAUUACAAAAGGUUUUUUUCAUGUUGUCUUUGUCAGCUCUGAUAGCGCACGCGUGCUGUACAGGAAACAAAUCCAUCAAUCUGAUGUGAAUUAUUUAUUUUUUAGUAGCUGGGUAAGACACUAUAGAGAAUGAGACAAUCUCUUCUUAUUUAAGAUGCAAAUUCUCCUUUGUGUGUAUAAAUAAUUUUAUAUUGGAGGCUGGGUAUGCUGGGUUUUGUUGAUAUGCAGCACUGUGAUUUUAUCCUCUGAAGUUGGCAGAUGUUGAAAAGGUUCUACAUAAUCAUGCUACAAUACAAACACACAACUGUGUGGAAAUUGGGAGAAGAAUAAUGAUUUGGGGUUUUGGCAAAGCACAGUUAUCUCUCACUGAAUCCGUGUACUGUAAGAGCUGCCAGGGGAUGUUCUGGCACAGAUUACAAAAAUGUCACAACAUGAUACGCAGACUCCUCGACGUCUGCUUGAAAGAGAAGUUUCAGGUUGCUCCCAAGGUGCCCACCAAGUGAGUGUAUGACCACAGGUGUGCUGCCCUGAGCGUGGGUGAGACCAGGGGGACAAGUGCAGAGGGGCCGAAGAUCUCAUAGCCAAAAGCUGCGGAGGCAACACCCCAGGAGCAGACUUGUAGCUGCUGUAAUCAGAGGGUGUGUCUUGGGUAAUAUAAACCCCUACUUGCUGCUGGGAAUCCUGCAUCACCAAGGGGAUGCUGUCAGCUGCUGAGCUCCCCAGCUCACACUUUGGUUAACGUGACUGACACGGUGAGGAAGGGAACAACGUUAGAGCCACUACAAGUGCUGUGGAUGCUAUGUGCUUUCUCCACUUCAAUAUUCUUCUGUUAGUUUUUUGACUUAGGAUUGGAUAAUUUGACACUUGUAGGCUUUCUGUAGCAUUUUGUUACCCUGGAGUAGCUGAGACAGUUUCUCACUUUGAACCUAGAAGUGGUGGCUGGCUGGGGAGGGAGCAAACACGAAGCUCUCCCCUCUGCAAGCACGCAGUCUGGAGUGCUGGUCACAGGGCAGCAGGUCCCUUCAGUUCUGAUCUUGAAGCCACUGCUGGCCGUGCUGCAGUUGAUCCAUCCUGAUUGUCAUUAAUGAUACCAUAGAAAAUAUUUUUGCACUGUCUUAAAGAAGCAUCCUGGUUUGGUUUUCUUGCAAAAUGAAACACUGGCCUGAGCAAAAUGACUGCAGGGAGGUCAGAAUUUCUGACUGAAAACUUGUAAGCAGGAGGGUCUGGGGUAGUGAUUGCACUUGAGGUAUGGUUGUUGGAGGCUUUUUAUCAUUUUGGGGAUUCUUUGCUAUUUCCAGUUGCCUUCGUGCUCUGGAAACUGCAGCUGGAACAAGCCAGUCCUUGCCCAUAAAGUACUGUAAUACUGUCAAUAAAUUCAAGGACUGCAUAUUGAGUGACUUUUUUUUUCUAUUUUCUGACACUUGUAUAGCUCUAAGAUACAACUCCUGUAUUUCAUAGGCCUGCUUGUAGACUCCUGAAACGGCACAUCUGCUUUGUUCUUGUCCAUGGUGUGUUGUAGUAACGCUCUUCAAAACUCCACGCUUAUGUCAUGAUUUUGAAUCAUUGUACGUGCCAUUGUUAUGAGAACUGUUAGUACAGUCUUUAAUAAACUCUUUUAGCAGCA